AUGGCUCCCGAGGCAACCGGCUUAUCCAACGCGGCGCAAGCCCCUAAGCCUUCCAGAUUCGAUCCCACAUUCACCCAACAUGUCCUCGACACUAUGGGCCCCAAGACUACGGAGAGAAACCGAGUUGUCUUGGGAUCAUUGAUUCGACACAUCCACGAUUUCGCUCGCGAAGUUGAACUCACAACUGAAGAAUGGCUGGCCGGCGUCGCCUUCGUCAACUCCGUGGGUCGUGUCUACUCAGAAUCAGGACAGACGAGAAACGAGUCCCAUCGCCUAUGCGAUAUCCUCGGACUAGAAACCCUAGUUGACGAGAUCGCACACAAGAUCAUCUCCGAAGAGGAGAUCGACCCGACAUCCUCGGCUAUCCUCGGCCCCUUCUGGUCGCCCGACGCGCCGUUCCGGGACAACGGGUCCACCAUCAUCCAGAACCCGGCGCCGAACGGGCGCGUCGUGCUCAUGCACGGCGUCAUCAGCGACCUCGUCACCGGCAAGCCCAUCCCCAACGCCGUCUUCGACAUCUGGCAGGCCUCGGCCAACGGCAAGUACGACUUCCAGGACCCCGACAACCAGACCCCCAACAACCUGCGCGGCAAGUUCCGCGCCGACGAGAACGGCAAGUACUGGUUCUACUGCUACCACCCCACCGCCUACUCCCUGCCCAGGGACGGCCCCUCCUACCAGCUGCUGGAGAUGAUGGACAGGCACCCCAUGCGCCCCGCCCACAUCCAUAUCAUGGUCACACACCCCGAGUACAAGGGCUGCACCACGCAGCUCUACCCCAAGGAGGACCCGUGGCUGGCAACCGACACCGUGUUCGCCGUCAAGGACGACCUGGUCGUCGACUUCAAGCCCCUCGCCGGCGACGACAAGGCCUCGCUCGAGCUCGACUACAACGUCAUCCUGGCGCCCAAGGACUACAAGGGAAAGGUGUUUUGA